AUGAACUUGGCUCGACAAUCAAUCUCCUCCACACGACCCGUGAAUAUCUACCAUGUUGGCCUAGACCCAGACUGCACCAUCUUCACUGUUGUUGCACCUGCGGGUUUUGCAGUUUACCGCACCUGCCCACUGGCCCUCGUUCGCAAGCGCGAGUUGACUGGUGGUACUCUCGCCGCCGCUGUCCCUCUACACGCUUCCUCGCUAGUCUUUCUCCUCGGUGGUGGCCGCAGCCCAAUCUACCCGCCCAACAAAGUAGUAUUCUGGGAUGACGUACUCGGCGCGGAAGUAGCUGAGCUCGAGUUUCGUGAACGAGUCAGAGGACUCGCGUGCCGACGAGGCUGGUUGGCAGUCGCCCUUAGACGGCGUGUGGUUGUCUUUGAGAUCGGAGAGCAAAUCGUUAGAGCCGGGGAGUGGGAUACUUGGGACAAUCCAAGAGGGCUCCUAGCAAUCGCUACCGGCACUUACGCGACGUUAUUAGCAAUACCCGGCAAGCAACACCCAGUAUCUAUAAUCGCCGCCCACACCACCGCCCUCACAACUCUUUCCGUACCCCCAUCAGGUCGUUUACUCGCCACGACUUCCUCUCGAGGCACCCUUGUCCGCGUUUGGGAUGCGGUCUCAGGCAAGCUAGUCCGGGAAUUCCGGCGCGGCACGGACAAGGCCGAUAUUUUUGGCGUCGCUUUCCGCCCCGAUGAACACGAGCUUUGCGUUUGGAGCGAUAAAGGCACGGUUCAUAUCUUCAACCUCGUUGUCUCCAAUCGCCAGUCCACACUCUCGUCCCUGACGCCCUACAUCCCGUUACCCAAGUACUUUGAGUCGGAAUGGUCGUAUGCGCAAUACCGCAUCCCCUCCCAAUCAGCGCAUAUUUCGCUGUCUGCGACGUCAAUACGCUCUCCAGUCUCUGAAGUCGAUGAGGAGCGGUGUGUAGUGGGUUGGAUCGAGGCACCGGGGCAAGAAUCGGGACCAAUUCAAUAUCAACUUUUGGCGCUGACAUAUGCUGGUGGGUGGUAUAGACUGUCGCUACCCAAGGCAGCAGCCAAUAACCACGGCUCCCCUUCCAAACCGGGGCAUCAACGAACAUCAAGUGGCUCGUCAUCUGUGAAAGGCAAGGGCAAGGAGAAGAAGGACGGGUCCCAGAAACAGAGUCACAAGUGCGUCUUAGAGGAGUUCCGUCGCUUUGGACGUUGGGAUGGCUGGGGCUAG